UCAGAGUUUGCAUGGCAAUGGGGACAGGGGGUUAGGGUGCAAUGUGGGUGCUUGUGUUUGUGUAGCUGUGUGCAUUUGUGUAGCGAGGUAAUCAAUCUGAGUCCUGGAGCCCAACGUGUGCAACUCUGUCCGUCUGUGAGAGGAGGAACGGUUUUAGUCAAAGCCCCCUUUAACUGCUUUUACUCGCCUGUUGGGACUGAGAGGGGACAGAGGGGGUAGCAGCUCAGCCUGUGUGAGGCUGGAUGGUGAUGUGAGUUCCCAUGGCUGUGUGAGGCGGUCAGAAGGAGAGCGAUGACUCGUUCACUCUGUCCCCUGUCAUCUGGUCUCAGCUUCUUUACAGUCUGAACUGACACUGAGUCUUUGGACAGCUGUAUCCAGAGCACCUUGUCGGCCCUUUACCGCCCCUUCAGCUCCACCGCGGCCACCGUCCUGUGGCAGCUCUUCAGUGUGGUGGAAAGGCAGUACCGAGGAGACGGCCUCCGCUGCCUCAUUGACUUCUUGCUUCCUGCCAAGAGGAUCCUUCAGAUCAUCCAACAAGAAACCUGUGUGAGGUUCAGAGGAUUGCUGUUCUAUCAUGAGGGGUGGCCUCUCUGCAUCCACGAGAAAGUCGUUUUGCAGCUUGCCCCCCUGCACAAAGUUCGACUAAAGCAAGGAGACUUCUACUUACAGAUUGUUCCUUUAGGCCGUAAGACUGCAAAGCUUGUGAUAAAAUGUCUGUCGGUCACUGGGCAGGCAAUUACAGAAGUCCCCAUCGCAGAGAGCAUGUAUGGCAGCGUCUUCACAGCUGAGUUCUUGCAGAAUGUAACACGGGACCGAAACCUGCACCCACUACAGAACUGUCUGCUCACCACUGGUACGGCUGUGUUCAGGACGCCGUGGAAGAACGUGGUCAACCCUCUGUUUGUCAGCAGCACGGCAGACGCCAUCAUGCAGGCGCAUUGCAACAGAGGUGGCUUCCGUGGUCACCUGAGCACCUGCAGCACCAGCGGGUCCACGGGCACUCUGGACAGCCACCGCAGCUCCAGAGAGUCGCUGCACUCUCAGGGAGCUGACUCUAUCUUCUCUGAGCCAAACUCCCCACACAGACCCCUCAUGGACCCUAGCGGUGGGAGCCACAGUGACAGUGCUCCGGACGCUGCUACACCCAUCAUUAAAAUGGAAAGGCCCACUGAAGAGUGUGGGAUAGGGAGCGAGGAUAGCGCUGGGCGGGCCUCCAAGAUGCUGUCUUUUAGCACGGACCUCAGUAACCCAGGCCCUCGCCGUCGCCUCCCAAGGGACUCCGUUCAAUUUGAGAGCAGAAGACUUUUCCGGAAGUCUUACAUGGAGGCCCUGCAGAAUCCCAUGAGUCUCGGGUCCAGCUCUGAAUCCAUACUGGAGGAAAGCUCAGAGCACAGUGCUUGCUUAAGAGAGAGUCCAGUGACACCAGGCAGCAGCCCAGACCCCCGGACCUCCUCCAGAGAACACUUAUCUCGGAGGUUGGGCAGCCGGAGCUGGCUCGGUGGAGAUGACUCCAGGCCCAGCACACCUUUACUUUACUUACAGAGGGGGCUGAGGAGCGCAGAGAGACGAGCAGAAAGACGCUCAAAGUCGCUGGAGAGGACUAACAAGGCUGGACAGGUUAAAGGCCACAGAGAGCGAUCCUCCUCUGGGGGCUCAGGUACCACCACCCCUAAAAAGCUGAUGAAUGGCUACGCUCUUCGUUUCGGGAAGCUGGACCUUGAGGCAGCUUUGCCUGGUUCUGAGAGGAGAAGCAGCAAAGACGACUCAGGACAGCGUGAUGACACCAUCAGCACUGAGAGCAGGCGGCACAGGCAUAGUGGAGAAGAGCCGCACAGUCCUAAAGCAGCCAAUGGGACGACGAUCAAGAGGCCUUCAGCAUCAGGCUUUUCCUUUGAGAGUUUUUCGGCUCUCCCUAAACUGGUGUCAGAGCUCAACCAAGAGCUGCUCACAUCGGGUGCUGUGAUCCUGCCAGGAAACCGAGAUCGCAGUGGGAGGGCCGUGCUGCAGGUGUGCACCAGAGCUCAGGUAUGGGCAGGUGAGAGUUGCACGGUCAGUGACCUCACCUGUUUACUGGGCUACUACUACUCCACGCUGCGGAAAGAAAGGUGUGAUCAAGGUUUAACUGUUGUGAUAGACAGCAGGAGGCAGCAGUCUGUUCCAGCUCUGUUGUCAUCUCUGUCUGAAUUGCAGGCGUUAGCACCCAAUGCACUUUACACUGUUCUCUUCCUGGUGGACAAGGAGACAGCAGCCAAACCUGAGAGAGACAUGGAUGUACAGACUGAAACACUGUCGUCUCUGAAAGCCCUGCAGAAGCACAUCGAUCACACCCAGCUCACACGAGAGCUAGAGGGCCACUUCCACUACGACCACAAGCACUGGAUCCACUUCAGACAGAAAAUCGACCCAUUUGCCAGCAGUUGUAGCGCGGCCAUCUCCUCUCUUCAGGAGUCCAUCAGCACCCUGAGCAACAGCGGCAACCUGAAGACCUCUGAGGAGGUGUCUGAGGUGAUGGAACAGCAGAAGACUCUCAUGAAGCGUGUACUCGAUGACACCCGUCUAAACAGACUGCGCUUAGAAGGAGGAACUGUCCUCGCACGCAUCAGGAAGGACGAGGCCUCUGAGAAUGAAAACUACAGAGAUGCUGUAGACAUGUUGAAUGCACUGUACAACCAAGUAGAUGAAGAAGUCCAUAAGCUCGUGAUCCUCUCCAACAAGUCACAGAAACAGUUAGAGAGCCUGCUGGAGGUGCGCACUUUUGAGGAGCAAGCACAACAGAUAAAACUCUGGUUCAGUGUAGAAGGAGAGAAGCAGCUCACGCCUUUGGAAUCAAUCACUCUGUCUGUGGCCAAAGUGAAGGAGAUGAGAGAGAGCUUGGAACCGUUUCUGGAGGAGUCAGUGCACCAGCAGAGACACGGCCUGCAGCUGGUCAAAGACUCUCCGGAGUCUCUUCCAGGUUCAGCUCUCCUUGACUUCAAACAACAUCUGGGCUCCAUCCUAAGCAGAGUGGAGAAGAGGAAGACCCAGCUAGACAUCCUAACCAACCUGUAUGACUUCUAUGACUCUGCAAACCAGUGGAUCGAGCACUGCCAGGAUUAUUUCCAUCAGCUGAAUCUGGACACUACAGGUGCCGGAAUUUCCCCAUCUGUGGAAAAGAUCCUGCAGGAUUACUACACCGAGGCAUCCAAGUUCUCCACGGACAACUUUGGCAUCCUGAACGACAUGGUGCUCUCCCUGGAGAGUCCUCAGCAGCUGCAGCAGUGGACCUCCGUGUGGCACAAGUGUCAGCAGACCAAACAGCAGUUAGAAGAGACUUUGGCUCGAGCCAUGACUCCAUCCCCAAACACCACGGCUGUUGACAUAGCGGCUUCUUUAAAGACUCCAGAAAGCCAGAUUUCCACCACAGAUCAUCAUGGCGUGAAAGCAUGUGUUAUUUUCCCUGUUUCACCAUUAACUUUUGAGGACAUCAAGCCCCACUCUGCUGGGCCUUUCUCCAAGAGCCCAACCAGUUCAAUAUCCUCCUCACAUUUCACAUUCUCCCCCGACCAAGACAGUAAACUAAGGCAGAGUCCGUCCUUGUUUGACGACACAGACAGCGACUGCACCAUCGACUCGACAAUAUCCUGCCACUCAGAGCCCGUCUACUCCGGGACGUCCCGCCUACGCAAGCAGCCCAUGAAGAAGAUCAUGAAGAAGACGAUGAGCUAUGAGCUGACCCAGAGGGACAGCGGUCAUCACUCGGACGUCAGCCACAUUCACGGCUACACUGGUGUGUACAUAAAGGGUUUGGAGGUGGCUAAUAACGUGUGUGCAGAGAAGAAGCUGCAGAGACCUGACGUGAUGAGCCCCGCUUUAGGACGCAGCCGCAGCAUGUCCACGCCCUCCAGGAUCAACAACGGAGGCACUGAGGUAGAGGGCAAGAAACAGAGCAGUAAAGUGCAGCACAUCAUGGACGAGAUGAUCACCACUGAGCGGGAGUACGUCCGCUCUCUCAACUACAUCAUUGAGCACUAUUUCCCCGAGAUGGAGCGCCUGGACUUGCCCCAGGACUUGAGGGGUAAGCGCAGCAUCAUUUUCGGGAACGUGGAGAAAUUGUGGGACUUCCACAGUCGGUACUUCCUGAAGGAGCUGGAGUCCUGCGCCCACUCCCCACUGUCCAUCAGCAGCUGCUUUCAAAGACACGAGGAUCAGUUUGGAAUGUAUGCUCUGUACAGCAAGAAUAAGCCUCAGUCCGACGCUCUGCUCAGCAGCCAUGGAAACGAAUUCUUUAAGAACAUGCAGAUGGAGCUCGGGGACAAGAUGGACCUGGCCUCCUACCUGCUGAAGCCCAUCCAGAGGAUGAGUAAAUACGCUCUGCUGCUGAAGGACCUGAUCAAGGAGUGCAGUCAGUCCCAGGAGCAGGAGCUGAGCGACCUCCGCACCGCAGAGGAGAUGGUCAAGUUUCAGCUUCGCCAUGGCAACGACCUGCUGGCCAUGGAUGCCAUUCGUGGUUGUGAUGUGAACCUUAAAGAGCAGGGUCAACUCCGCUGCCAGGACGAGUUCAUAGUCUGGUGUGGACGGAGGAAAUACCUCCGCCACGUCUUCUUGUUUGAAGACCUUAUCCUCUUCAGCAAGACCAAGAAGAUCGAAGGAGGAUAUGACUUCUACAUCUAUAAACAGUCUUUCAAAACAGCAGAGAUAGGCAUGACUGAAAAUGUUGGCGACAGCGGCCUACGCUUUGAGAUUUGGUUCCGUCGGAGGAAGUCGCAGGACACGUUCAUCCUGCAGGCCAGCUCUGCAGAGGUCAAGGCUGUGUGGACCGCCAUCAUAGGGAAGAUCCUGUGGAGGCAGGCGCUCAGGAACAGAGAGUUGCGCAUGCAGGAGAUGGUUUCCAUGGGGAUUGGAAGCAAGCCUUUUAUGGACAUCAAGCCAAGUGAUGCAGCUAUCAGCGACAGAGCCAUCGACUAUUUCAUGAAGGGGUCAGAGUCCAGGACCAGGGCCUCCAUCGCGGUGUCUUCGUUUGAACACGCCACUUCCUUCAAGAGACCUCACUCCACCAUCUCCAACAGCAGCACCUCCUCCUCCAGCAGCCAGUCGUCCUCCUCCCUGCUGGGCUCGCUCAACCUCCAUCUCUACUCCUCACCCUCUCACCCGCACACACACCCACACCUGGUGACCAGCGUUCCCUCCUUUGCCCAGUGGCCCUACGACUGCAUAGAGGAAGACGAGCUAGAGCAGGACAGCGGGAGCCAGCCCUCCAUGAUCACUGAGAGCUCAGAGACAUCGUCCCAGUGUCCCUCCAGUGACAGUGUGACCGGUCUGAGCACCCUCACCAUCCCCGAGCACCCCAGCCUCAGCAUGGACUCCUUCAACAACAACAACGAGACUCCCCCUUUCCUGUGCUCCUCCAGCCCUCCCUCCUCCAUCGCCUCUCCUUCCAUAUUCCAGAAAGAGGAUGACCUCCAACCCCAGGGCACCAAGUUCAUCACAGCAAGCACAACCUCUCAUAUAGCAGUAGGCCUCUCCACUGUGGUCUGACUCAGAGCUGAGGGGGUUAGCUCACUGUGAAGUCUUCAGACUGAAUACUACUGACGUCUCAGCGGUUUAUCAGGACAAAGAGAUGGAGACGACAGGAGUCCAGCUUCAAAGCACUACGCCUUUAAUGGAUGAAGCUCAACUAUUUUAUGACAUUUCAUUGCAAUUCUCUGUAUAUUGGAUAUUUUGACACAUAGUAUACAAUACCAUGAUGGUACUUCUGUGGUCUGUACAUUUGUUUUAAAAAGACUAGUUAAGAAUCAAUGUUUAUAUUGUAGAUGAGUUUUUUUAUGUGUUUUACAAAAAAAAUAGCAGGCAGAUCGAUCUGUUUAACUGUCAUGUUUCUUUUAUUUUGUUGCCAGUCCUGUGUUAUGAAAAGUUUGUACAGGUGAUUAAAAUGUUCAAAAACA